AUGGACUUGAUAAGUACAUAUGCUGAUGAUGACGAUGAUGAAGAUGAUCAAGACAAACAAGACAAGGAGGUGAACAACAAAAGAGAACUAGAACUAGACGAAGAUGAUCGUAGCAAUAAGAGAAUAAGGUAUACCAACAAUACAGAUAAUGAUGAUGAUCUUCAUGACUUGCCUGAUCUCCCCGAGGAACUAUUUAGUUCAUCAGACCAACAACAGUCAGCUGAAAGAUCACAGAAUGGAAAGAAACGACAGUAUGAGCAUGUUGAAGGCAACUACCCAACAUUCGUCUUCGUCACUAUACCUAUCGAGCGAGAGGACAUUGACUUGAUGGCACGCGAACUCAGUGUCUUGGCGAAAGAACUCAAGAUAGACACGGCCAUUGAGAAUCAUCAUAUAUCACUGUCACGCUCAUUCCCAAUGCGCGAACAUCACAUAGAUUCAUUCAACAAACAACUAGAGACAUGCUUCAAGCGUAUACAUGCCUUCUCAAUCACACUGGAGACGGUAUCCACUUUUGUCAAUGACGAUCAGUCACGUCUAUUCCUCGCCGCCAAUGUAACAAAGAAUGCCAGUCGCAUGAUACAAUGUGUAAAGCAAUUGGAUGAUAUACUUCGAGGCUUUGGAUUCCCUACAUUUUAUGAUAAUCCACUACCUCAUCUCUCAUUGUGGUCACGUGCAUCCAGUCCCGAUGAUGAACUUUGUAAGAAACCUAUAAUCAAUAGAACACUGGAACAGACGACAAAGUCUAUACUCAUUGACAAGAUAUAUUGGACAAUUGGAAAGUAUGAUUACUCAAUCGAUCUGGCCACCAUCUGA